ACAUCAGCAGGAGAAACUUCCCUGUGUCGGCUUUACUGCCCAAGUAACUUUUCAAAGACACAAACGCAGCAGCUUUGGAUGUCAUAUAUUGGUAGUGAAGAUUGUACAGGGAGUCCUGUAGCAGAAAUGACGAAGUGAGAUUCUUCUGAGUGGGAUUAUACGAUGAUGGAAGCGCACCUGUUGAGUUUUGUGGAGCGAGUCAACUGUUUGUCCAACCAUGACAGAAGCGGAGACCAGCUCAUAUCAUCCGAGUUCAGCUUGAUACGAAAGAAAACAGCAUCACUGAAAGAGGAUUAUGGAUUGACUACUAAUGCAGGAGGAAUGAAAGAAAAUGUGAAGAAAAACCGCUAUAGGGAUAUCCUUCCUUAUGAUCAGACCAGAGUCUGUCUAACUCCAACCACAUCUGAAUAUCAGUCCGAUUAUAUUAAUGCAAACUUCAUCAAGGGAGCUGUUAAAAACAGGACAUAUAUCGCCACCCAAGGCCCUUUGAGCAGUACUGUGGUUGAUUUCUGGCGUAUGAUUUGGCAACAUAAUGUUAAGGUCAUAAUCAUGGCUUGCAGAGAGAUUGAGAUGGGGAAGAAAAAGUGUGAAGUGUAUUGGGCAUCAACCGCAGACACAUCCACACUUGGACCCUUUACUGUCUCAACUUUGGAGGAGUCCCGUCCAAAUGAAGAAGUCAUUGUUAGGACAGUGGUGGUAAAUUACUGUGAUGAAGCUCGUAAAGUGUCUCAUUUCCAGUAUACUGCCUGGCCGGACCACGGCAUUCCAGACGUGCCGGAUGGCAUUCUGGGUAUGAUGGAGUUGGCUCGCCAAAAACAGGGCAACCAGACGGACCCCGUAGUGAUCCACUGCAGCGCCGGCUGCGGUAGAACUGGAGUCAUUUGUGCUGUUGACUAUGUGAAUGAUCUUCUGUUGACUGAGAAAAUACAAGAGGACUUUAAUAUUUUGGACUUGGUGUUGGAGCUCAGAAGACAGAGACCUUCAGCUGUGCAGACUAAGGAGCAGUAUGGAUUUGUCUUUCAUACGGUUGCUCAGAUGUUUCAGAAGGCCUUGGAAAUGAAAAACAUGAAUGCAGAUACUUCUCUGUACAUCAAUGCAGCUCCGCCGAAGAUUUCACUGAAAUCUGCAUCAUUAGCCCCUGCCCGUGCACCACCAAAAUCAAGAAAUCCACAUCUCAAGCCAAGGCUUUCUCUUCCUCAGUCUACGAUGAAUGACACUUAUGCUGUCAUCAACAAGUCCAAAGUGCAGGCUCCCAACUCUGCCCCCCAUUCAGUCACUGUCCAUUUCUAUGACAAUGCAAAUUCAGAGAAAACUAAUAACAAUGCUCUCUACAGUACAGUCAAACCCAAAAACAGACCAAUGUCCGCCAUGCCUCUUUCCCCCUCUCCAGUUCAUGACAGAUUAAUGCCAGCCAAUCAGAGAGGAGGACUUUCACCCAAGAAGACGGAAAGUGAUGGUUAUGAGCUAUUGCCAGGGGAGUUGAGGUCCAUGAACAGAGAUUCACAGCCGCACGGCCCUCCUCUUUCACGAAGCCCAAGUGCAACUGAAAGCCAAUCGUCUACAGAUGAUGAUUAUGAAUACGUGUCUAGUGUUGUUAAGGACAGCAGCAGCCCAUUUGCCCCGGGCAGCCUGGGUUUCAACAGUAGAAUAAAGAAACCCAAAGGCCCGCGAGAUCCACCAGCCGAAUGGAGUCGUGCGGAAAGAUGAAACCGCAAAAGGUUUUAGGUUUUAUGAAGAAUUAACCAGAGCUAGUGUAGCCUGAUCCAGUAGACACAUUGCUGUUUUCUCUGGGUAAUAGAGCAUUUAUUUAUUUCCUUCAGAAGUAGCACUGUUGAUUGUGUUUGUAUUAUUGCGACACUUCAGCCAAUUGAAAAUGUCAACCCAGGCUCAUUGUGAAUACGUACCUAGGUCUACAUUUCUGGGGACAGCAGAAUAUGUAACCGGAGGUAUGCCAGUUUUUGUUUUUUCAGACCCAGCAGAGGCCACUGUGUACAUGUUUUGAUGAUCUCAAAUUUCUGUCACGCGUCCUCCUCUCACCUAAAUCCACCAGAGGGCGCAAUAUACAUUUCAGCUGACCAAGGGUGUUUCCCAAACAACAAUAUAACUUGCGGCUGAACUUUCAUAGUACGAUGCAUCGUUUGGGAAAAGAACGAUGUUUAGUGUCGAGUGUUUCCCAAAACCGUAGUUGCUUUGUCGCAGAUCCAUCAUUUGAAACACAUUAGUUAUAACGUAAAACAGCCAUGACACUCUAAAUGUGCAGAGUAACACAUUCUUUAGAGCAAAACCCAACACUUUUUUUGUGCAAAUUAUAUUGUUUUACAUGCACACACAUUAAAAAAAACCUCAAUAUUUGUUUUGGU